AUGUUGCAGAACUUCAUUAGCUUCGUCCUUAUAGUUUUCGCGGUGAAAGAAGCAUCAGCCAAGCCAAACAUACUUAUAUUUCUUGUGGAUGACUUGGGAAUCGGGGAUGUAGGUUGUUUUGAUAACGACACGAUUAAGACUCCAAACAUUGAUCGGUUGGCUGAACAAGGAGCUCGCUUGCGGCAUGAUGUGACACCAGAUUCAAUCUGCACACCGAACAGGGCAGCAUUUCUAACAGGAAGAUAUCCCAUUCGAUCUGGCCUUGCUGCAAGCAAAGGCCAGAUGAGGGUCUUUAUUUAUAGUUCGGCUUCAGGCGGUCUGCCUCCAAAUGAAACAACAUUCGCUGAGAUCGCAUCUGCGGCUGGCUACAGAACAG